AUGGCGAAACCAGGAAAUGGUGUGCCUUCAAAAAUAAGAGAAAGCACAAGAUUUUAUCCGUACUUUAAGGGCUGUAUCGGAGCAAUUGAUGGAACACAUAUUCCUGCUAUGGUAGUAGGAAAUGAAAGUGCUAGUUAUCGAAAUCGAAAAGGAAUCUUAUCCCAAAAUGUUUUAGCUGCAUGCAAUUUCGAUUUGCAAUUCAUCUAUGUCCUUACUGGUUGGGAAGAUUCAGCUCAUGAUGCAAAAGUGUUAAAUGAUGCUCUGACUAGAAGUAACAAUAGAUUUGAAGUCCCCGAAGAUGAAUUUCCUCUAGAAGAAAUUACGGACGAACAAAGUGUUACCCAAAGUACUAGUGGUCCUCAAUUUCUUGGCACACAAGAACAACAAAGAGAACUUGCUAAUGAUUGGAGAACAACAAUUGCUUCAAAUAUGUGGAAUGAUGCUAUUAUUAGUGGAUCUCAACGGAGGUAUAAGAAGACACUCACAAUGAAGCUACGUUGUUUCGAAGUGAAAUGGUUGUAA